AUGCCUCCUAGACGCCGAACACAGAGAGCUCCUCCUGUGGGGGAUGACAUGAGUGCACAAGUGGGUAUGCUGGGAGCGUUUGAGCAGAUUGUUAAUCAGUUUGCUGCAACAAUGAACCCUCAGCCUCCGCCUGACUUUAGCAUUAAGAAAACCAAGGAAAAUGGUGCUGAGAAGUUUUCUACAGCCAAGGAUUCCAUUGAGGCCCAGGAGUGGAUUGAGACUAUGGAGAGAGUGUUUACUAGGAUGAGUGUUCCUGAAGAUCGUAAGGUAUUUGUGGCAGUGCAAUGGUUGCACGGUCCUGCAUGGCAUUGGUGGGUCGGUAUUACUAGAGAUUAUGGGGAUGCUCCUCAGAUGACUUGGGAUGAGUUCAAGGCCCAUUUCAAUGAUCGUUACUGUAGUCGAGCCCAUCUCCAUAGGAUGCAGGAUCAGUUUAUGAAUUUGCAGAAAGGAGAUAUGUCAGUCUUGGAGUUUGAGCAGUAUUUCCUUGCUAGAGCUCAUCAUGUUCCUGACUUGGUAAGGGACGAGCAUGAUAAGAUAUACAGGUUUGUUCGGGGACUUGGGGGUGAGUAUGAGGAAUAG